ACCAAUUGUACUCUGCAAAUAAGUCGCAAGAGCCCUGCAAAUAGUAACUUUGCCACGGGUGCGCUGGAGGCGAAUGCGCCAACAAGUACAGACGUGAUUGUAUUGUCUUUGCGCUUUGCUCCGCAAGACCAUAAAAUGGAUAAAUUUCUCAAAAGAUCGCAGCCCUCCACGUCUGGUACAAGUGGCAGUGACGGAAGUGAAUCAAAACCGAAAAAAAUAGACAUUACUACGACAAUUACUUGAAAUACGGAUUUACUGUCAUGAAUAAUAAACCACAAUGUGUAAUUUGUGGCGAUGUAUUAUCACGUGAGAGUAUGAAACCAUCAAAACUUAUGCGUCAUCUUUCAACCAAACAUUCCAAAGAAGCUGAUAAACCGCUGGAUUUCUUUGAAUGUAAGCUGAAAACCCUUAACCUGCAGCAAAAUACUAUGAUUCAGGUAAUAAAAUAGUAUUGUUAUUUGGUGAUUAAAAAUAAUAUUUAUUAUUGCUUAAUUAUUUAUUUGUUUUUCUGAUUUUUUGUCUGUUUUUAGGUAUCCAGUGUCAACGAAAACGCAUUAUUAGCUAGUUACAGAGUUGCAUACCGAGUCGCUAUAGCAGGGAAGCCACAUACAGAUGCCGAAAAUCUUAUUUUGCCAGCAGCCCUAGAUAUGGUUGAAAUUAUGUUAGGUAGGCAGGAGGCAAGCAAGCUAAAAAGCAUACCACUUUCUGACAAUACUAUUGAACGCAGAAUAAAUGAUAUGGCCAGUGACAUUCGAGAACAAGUAGUCGAGAAAUUAAAGAAGAGCCCACAUUUUGCUUUGCAGUUUGACGAAUCUACUGAUGUUUCAGAUUGUGCACAGUUUGUAGUAUUUGUGCACUUUGAAGCAGAUGAAAGUAUCACAGAAGACAUUUUAUUUUGCAAAGCACUUUCUUCAAACACCACAGGUCAGUGUUUGUACGACAUAUUUUUAGAAAGCAUUCGCAACUACAAGAUUGAUUGGACAAAAUGUAUUGCCAUUUGUAGCGAUGGCGCUAAAGCUAUGACUGGACAAAAAAGCGGACUCGUUGCAAAAUUAAAAUCAAUAAUGCCUAAUGUCUCAUGGACACACUGCUUUCUUCAUCGACAUGCUCUGGUAGCCAAGGUUUUACCUUCUGAUUUAAAUGAAGUGCUUAAAGAGGUGAUCAAAAUUGUGAAUUCUAUUAAAGGUAAAGCCUUGCAAACCCGACUGUUCAGAAUCAUUUGUGAAGACAUGGGUUCGCUCCAUCAAAAUCUCCUUUAUCAUACAGAGGUCAGGUGGCUAUCCAAAGGAAAGGUAUUGACAAGAGUUUUAGAACUGAAAGCUGAAUUGUUAAUGUUUUUACAAGGUGCUAAAUCUGAAUAUGCGAAUUAUUUAUGUGACCCUGUUUGGCUCCUAAAAUUAGCAUUUCUUGCUGAUCUUUUUAGCCACCUGAAUAUUUUAAACAAGAAACUCCAAGGGAGAGAAGAAAACAUUCUGACAGCUAAAGAUAAAAUCAAAGGAUUCUUCGCAAAACUUUGUUUGUGGUCAACGUCUUUGCAAAAAAAUAUAUAUGAGUCUUUCCCUUGUGUUCAGAAGAUUGUCGAAGAAACAGCAAUGGAUCAAUUGUUGGUAGUAAGUUCUCACAUCCCUUGCAUGAUACAGAGCUUGCAUAAUUUGGAAGAGAAACUAUUAACUUAGCCUACUUUCCAAAACUGGACUCUAAAGCUGACUAUGGGCAUAGAUGGAUAUUAAAUCCUUUCAUAGAUAUGUCAGUACAACUGGCUGAUCUAACCACGAAGAUGAAAGAAAAUCUUAUAGAUUUAGCUGCUGACGGCAUGCUUAAAAUGGAAUUUCAUUCGCAAAAUAUUGACGUCUUCUGGAUGAAAAGAAAACAAAUGUAUUCAGAACUGGCAAGAGAGGCUUUAAAAUUAUUAGUGCCAUUCGCCACUUCUUACCUAUGUGAAAUAACGUUCUCUUCAAUGGUGGACAUAAAAACUAAAAAGAGAAAUAGGCUUCAAUUAGAAAAUGAUUUAGUUGUUUGUGUCUCAAAAAUAAAACCACGUUUUGACAAAUUAUUAAAAAAUAAACAGGCACAGCCUUCUCACUGAAAUUGUAGUUUUUUUUAUUGUAGUGUAGAACCUACAAACACUUGUCUUUUUCUUUUACCCGCGACCCCCCGUGUAAGGCUUUGCGACCCCCUUGGGGGUCGCGACCCACAGGUUGAAAAACACUGAUGUACAGGAAUUCUUGAUUUUAUGUGGUUAAUUCAUUUUGAAGGUUUCUGUUGAAUGAUAUUUAGAUAAGAUGUAUUUUUAAUAUACAUAUAUUUUUAUGAAUUUUUAUUUUCUUAGUCUCUGUCAUCUAUUGUGUGUCUUUAAAUUGACAAUUAAUAGAAUGCAUUAUCAAUCACACAACUACACAUCCUGCAAGGUCCAAACUAAAUCAAUGAAACCAACCAUUGCAUCAUAGCUUUGUAAAAAAUCAAAAAAACUUCAAUAAACCACAAAUGCCAGUGUUGGACUUUGAUUACAAAACAGAAAUUAUAAUGUCGACAAUAAUAAUUAGUAUGAAACUCAAAUAUUACAAGUUUCAAAUUUAGCAUUUACAACAAUAAAAUUGAUUUUUUAGUACAAUUAUUCAAAAUGUCAAGAAUUAACCUGAUUAGAAAGAACUUAAAAAAAAUCUUAAUCUGCACCAAUCAAUCAAUGAAACAGUAACUUAGAAUUUGACAGCUAGAUACUGACCAACAGAAGUAAAGACAAGCUUGCUGUAUUAGUGUAACAAUGCUAAUUUGCAUAUUGAAUACUCUUACAAAAAAAUAAAAUGUCUUGUGAUUUUAUGAUCUGACUACAAAAAUAAAAUAUUAAAUAAUCUACUAUAAUUGUAUUUAAACCCUAAUUAGUGGGAUGCGGUUUCAUUCAUUUUUUACAUGUUAAUAUGAAAUUAUUCAAAUUAAACAAUAACCAGUGUUGAGGCAAGGUGCAUUGCAAAAUUUUAAAGCUACUCUAAAAUAUACAACCCUUUCUUUAAUAUUAACAAUGAUAUUAUAUAUCUGAAAUUGCGGAGACCUUUCUAAAAAUAAA